ACUGACUUUAUUUUUGUCGUGCGAAAUAUCUUAUCAUCACAUGAUUACACUGAUCGAUUUUUCUGUAUAAAUACAAAUCAACUAUUUCAAUCAUCUCCAUUAUCAAAUCACUUUUCUUUAUUUUUUCUUCACAAAAAAAAAAACCAAAAGCAAUGACAACACCCGUCGUCGUUGAUGAAAAAUUCGAGCUGGACUCGCCCUCAUCAUACAAAAAUGAAAAGUUAGAUUACUCUGACAAAGAUACCGAUAGCCAAGUCGCUGUUGAAGAAAAGCCCGUUCAUCAUGCCAUUGUCGAAGAAUUUCAAUUUACAUGGCGUGCUUCUAUUAUUGGCUCUUUGCUUGGUUGUUUAGUUGCUGCAUCAAACACAUAUCUCGGUUUAAAGAUGGGUUGGACUUUCGGUGCUUCAUUAUUCGGUGCCAUUUUUUCCUUUGCCAUCAUUAAGCCCAUGUCCAAGGCUCUUCCUCCCAAAUGGGGUGGCGGAUAUUUUGGUCCCAAAGAAAAUUGUACUGCCCAAUCCGCAGCCACUACCUCUGGUGGUCUUUCUGCUGGUUUUGUCGCUGGUAUUCCUGCAAUGUAUAGACUCGGUUUGUUGACUACUCCUCGUGAAGAUGCUGUCAAACUCUUGCUUCUUACCAUCUCUUGUGCUUUCUAUGGUUUAUUCUUUGCUGUCCCUCUCCGUUCUCACUUUGUUAUUAACCAAGAUCUUACUUUCCCUACUCCCCGUGCUGCUGCCAUUACCAUUAUUUCUCUUCAUGAUACCGUUGAAGGUGAAAAGGCUGCCAUGAAGAAGGCCAAAUAUAUGGGUUUCUUCUUUGUUCUCACUUUCCUUUGGAGCAUCAUUUCUUACUGGCUUCCUUUCUUUGAAAACCUUCAUUUCCUUUACUAUAUUGGUGAAGCUGCCAACUACUCUCCCUUGAUGACUGCUGAUGCUGCCUGGGGUUGGUUCUUCCAUUUUGAUUUCCCCUUCUUCGGUGCCGGUCUCAUGACACCUGGUAACACUGUUGUCACUUUCUUAAUUGCUACCAUUGGUGUUUAUGGUAUUAUUGGUCCCCUUCUUGUCCAAAACGGCACCUUUGUUGCACCUCUGGGUUUCCUUAAGGAUGGUGAAACUACUAACCGUUUCUUCUUAUGGCCUGGUAUUGCUCUCAUGACUCUUACUGCUUUCACUGAACUUUUUAUUCAUUACGAGACUCUCUGGCGUGGUAUCAAGGGUGGUUGUAAGGAACUUGGUUUGGUUUUCAUGCGUGGUACCAACCAUUUCCGUCGUGUUGUCCUCCGUAAGAAUCUCUCUGAUGAACAACAAAACAAAUAUAACUCUGCUGUGGAUGACACCGAAAUCUUCACUGAAGCUGAAUUAGUCCCUACCUUGUGGUGGAUUUCUGGUACUUUCAUAUCCAUCAUCUUUACCUGUGCCAUCAUGGGUGAAUACUUUGGUAUGCCCGUUUACCAAUCUAUUGUUUCUAUCAUUCUCGCCUUCAUGUUCUCCUUUGUGGGUCUUCAAGCUACUGGUGAGACCGAUAUUAACCCUACCGGUUCCAUUGGUAAAAUGUCCCAACUUGUCUUUGCCAAGAUGCCUGGAGAUUCUUUGAAACAAGUCAUGACUGUCAAUUUGUUAGCUGGUAACGUUUCUGCUUCUGCUGCUUCUCAAGCUGUCGACAUGGUGGGUGAUCUUAAGACUGGUCAAUUAGUUGGCGCUUCUCCCAGAUCUCAAUUCUUGGCCCAAUUCAUUGCUUCUUUCUUCGCUAUCGCUAUUGCUGUUGGUCUCUUCAUUCUUUUCGCCGAAGCCUAUCCUUGUAUCAUUGAUGGCUCGAUCGAAGUCUCUGAUUGUGAAUUUGGUUUGGUUGCUGUCACUGCUUGGCAAAAGGUUACCGAACUUUUGACUGGUACGAGUGAGCCUCUUUCCAAAGGUUCCAUCAUUGCUACUGCCGUUUGUGGUGUCGCCGCUGUUGUCGUACCUCUUGUUCGUGUCUUCCUUGUUCCCCAAAAGUACCAUAGAUGGUAUCCUUCUGUCAGUGCCGUUGGUAUUGCCAUGAUCAAUCCUCAACCUGCUGUCCCUGUUGCCAUGUUUUUGGGUUGGGCUGGUGGUAAGAUUUGGAAGAAGAUUAGACCUGUUGCUCAUGGAGAUCUUAUGUUCAGUGUUGCUGGUGGUUUAAUUGCUGGUCAAGGUAUCGGUGCCAUUGUUUCUGCUGUUCUUAAGAUUGCCAAUGUCCCAGGUCAUGCUGUCACAGCUACUUGCCCCGGUGGUCUUAAAGAGAACUGUCCUUAAUUCUUUAUUUUUGAUAUCCCCCCUCCCUCUUUCUUUUUUAUUAAUCAAUCACUUAUUCUCUUAAUACUUUAUAUUUCCUAAUAAACCUAAUAUCCUUUUUUUUUUCAUU